AGGAAAAAAACGUUGCUGUCUUUCAUUACAUGCUACUACUGUUCUUUAAAUUGAUAGCUAGUCGUUUUUAGUCCUCGGCUUCCAACAGUGAUGCUGAUAUGAUAUGAUACUCUGCCUCUUCUUGGUAGCUGGCAAUGCCCUGGUCCCCUCGGGGGUUUUGCAUCUGAUUUUUCUAUUAUUUCUUCAUGACAUACCCAUCAGCAGGAUACAAGUUGGGAUCCUGCGAGAGUGAUUUCUUUGUUUCCAUGGUCUUAUAUGUAGUGUGUGCAAAACCUAAUCUGCUGGCCAGCACUGCAUAUUUUUAAUCUUUCCUUUGCACAGCAUGAUUAUGCCUGCAUACUAGAGAAGCUUUUCUUAUAUUUGGUGAAGAUGGAGCGAACGCAAAGGACACAAUUAAGGAAAUCCCGCCCAUGGUGGUGGGAUAGCCACAUUAGCCCAGAAAACUCCAAGUGGCUCUCUGAGAACUUACAAGAUAUGGAGACGCAAGUGAAAGAGGUGCUGGGGCUUGUCGAGGAGGAAGGUGAAACCUCUGUAGAAAAGGCUGAGCUGUAUUACAAAGAAAGACCUCUGCUUGUUACCCAUGUCAAGAAUCUCUAUCGCAUGUAUCGCGCUCUUGCUGAGCGGUAUGACAAUGUGACUGGAGAAUUGCGCAAGAAUAUUCCAUCGUCACUGCAGUCGCAUGGCUCUUUUGGUACCCUUGAAUCAGAUUCUGAGACACAUUCUCCCUCUCCGUCUACAGAGUCUGACAUGCAAGAUAAGUUGGCACAACAAAAGCCAAAAAAUCAAUCAGAUUGCUUUGAUGUGUCCCUUGGCUCUGGCGUGAGCUCUGACAUAUCCAAGAAGGGGAGUGAUGGGUCUUCAUCAUCUUCAGAAUCUGAGUCAGAGCUUGAUGAAGCGAAAGAGGAAAAUGGCAACAGCAUGUUUUAUGCCUUGAGCCAAAGAAUUAUUGAGCUUGAAGAUGAGCUUCAUGAAGCAAGGGGAAAACUUGAUGCUUUAGAUGAAAAGAACAUGCGUUCCCAAUUUAUUUUUGGUAGCUCAGAAGUGUCUGAACAUGAUGAAAAACUACAGGUUUCAGAUGUGGAAACCAAAAAUUUCAUUGAGAAGGAUCUUGAAGAAGUCAGCAGUGAGAAGGAAGCAUUGGAAACUCUGCUGCUAGCAAACAAAAAUGAGACUGAUGCGCUGAAGGAAGUAAUGGCCUCAGCAGCUAAGCAGUUUGAAAGUGAAUUGGCACAUCGCGAUCUUGAAGUUGAUAAGUACAAGCAGGAGCUUGAAGAGCUUUCAGAAAAAUAUCUGCAUGAUAAAUCUGCUCUCGAGUCUGAGAUUGGAAUGCUCCAGGGAGUCAUCAGGGAUUCCGAAGGUGAGCUAGCAAGAUUGUCACAGGAGAAGUUGCAGCUUGGGUCCCGGAUUGAAGAGCUUGAGCAGGCAGUGUGCAGCUUAGAUUAUUCAGCUUCCGAGAUGGUGAAGCUGCAAGAAACAAUAAAAAAUAUAAAAGCAGAAUUGGAAGAAGUUUCACUGGAGAAAGAAGAAACCAUCAAGAACCUGGAAGCACAGCUAGAAACAGCCUUACAAGAGAAAUCAAUACUCUGGGAUCGUAGUGAGGAGCUGGAGAGGGUGGUGUGUGAUUCUUUGGAAAAACAUUCACUGGAGAAAUCUGCUCUUGAUACUGAACUUUUAGCAUUAUCAGAAGCCAAAGCAUCUCUCGAAGAUAAGCUGGCAUCUGUGGAGGCAGAGCUUAAGCAAGCUUAUACUGACAAGGCAGAAGAAUCAAUGAACAAAGAAAAACAAAUUUCCAGGCUGAAUCAAGACCUUGCUCAUCUUACAAGUAAGAUUGAACUGAUAUCAUCCGAGAAAACAGCAGUUGAUAACAAGCUGGCCACUCUACUAACUGACAUCACAACGCGUGAUGAAAAGAUGAAACAGAUGGAUGACCACCUUAGUCAGCUUCAUCUUGAGCAUGCCAAGAUAACGUCAGAGACUGUUGUUUUGCACGAGUCCCUGUCAGAGCUACGUACCCGGGUGUCUGAGCUCGAGGAACUGGUGGAGAAGCAGAAGCUUGUGAUCUCUGAGAGUGCUGAGGAGAAGCGCGAGGCGAUCAGGCAGCUGUGCUUCUCCCUUGAACACUACCGCAGUGGUUAUCAGCAGCUGCGCCAGAGGCUGCAGCAGGGCCACAGGAGACCAUUGGUGACAUUGGCAGCCUGACCAAGUGCAUCCUUCUUGGAUGCCCAAGAUCCUUCUGUGCUUUGAGUUGUGCUAUGUAGCUUCUUCAGUUAAGAACUCUUGUGUGGGCAACUGCGGUGUAAUGGGGUGUAAUGCGUGAACCAUGUUGGUUGAUGUUUGCUCUUGUUAUCUUUGUUACACUCUUGUCAGAUAUUCAAGAUGGUGAAUUGCAUGUUUCGAAUUUGAAUGGCCGUGUUGUUUA